UGCAGUGUUUGCUUCAGUCACAGCUACCUCUCGGAAGAAAAUGGGCAACACUUGGAUCAUCAGGCUUAUAUUGCUCGUAGUGUUUCUUGCAUGGCUACUUGUUUGGGUUCUGCUGCCGACGAAGCUUUAUAAAAACACAUGGACUCCCAAACUGAAUAUGAAGUUGAACUCCACGUACUUUGGAACACAAGGAACGAAUCUUCUUCUAUUUUCAUUUCCUGUGAUGUUCAUAGCUGCUUUAGGAAGUGUGUAUCUUCAUUUUCAGAAGAAUAAACAAAAACAAACAUCCGGCUCCAAAAGCAACCAUCGUUUGUCGUUCUUGAGUCGUCCGGUGCUAGUGAUGGCCCCUUUAGGGAUUGUUACUGCAAUGGAGGUUGCUUUUGCAACCAUGUUUAUUGCACUUUUGAUCUGGUCUCUCGCAAACUACCUGUACAUCAGUUUUGGUAGUCUCCAUAUGCAUAAAGAAGGAGAAAAAGUGUGGGAAGCAAAAUUUCGAAGUGUAUCAUUGAGGCUGGGAUAUAUAGGAAAUGUGUGUUGGGCGUUUUUGUUCAUUCCCGUAACUCGAGGAUCGUCACUUCUGCCGCUCGUCGGACUCACAUCUGAGUCGAGUAUAAAGUAUCAUAUAUGGCUAGGCCAUCUCUCCAAUCUCCUUUUUGCUGCACAUACCGUAGGUUUCUUCAUUUACUGGGCAAUGACUCAUCAGAUGGCUCUGGCUCUAGAGUGGAGCAAAACUUAUGUGUCGAAUGUCGCCGGAGUGAUUGCUAUGGUGAUCGGAGUAGUAAUGUGGGUGGCCAGUUUUUAUCGAACUAGGCGUAAAAUGUUUGAACUCUUCUUCUACACCCAUCAAUUGUACAUUCUCUACAUACUAUUCUAUGCAUUACAUGUUGGAGCUGCUUACUUGUGCAUGAUCUUCCCUGGGAUCUUCCUUUUCCUCAUCGAUCGAUACUUGAGAUUCUUACAGUCAAGGAAACGAGCUCGAUUAGUCUCAGCUCGAGUUUUACCAUGUGGCGUUGUUGAGCUCAACUUCUCAAAGAGUAAAGAUUUGCGUUAUAAUCCAACAAGCAUUCUAUUUGUGAAUGUGCCAAGCAUUUCGAAGCUACAAUGGCACCCUUUUACUAUAACCUCAAACUGCGACAUGGAACCCGACAGGCUUAGCGUAUUUAUCAAAACGCAAGGAAGUUGGUCGGAAAAUCUUUACCAGAAAACUAUAGCUUCUGCACAUCAGCUCGAGCUCUCUGUUGAAGGACCUUACGGACCUACUUCAUCAAAUUUCUUAAGGCAUGAAUUGUUGGUGAUGGUUAGCGGAGGCAGUGGUUUAUCACCCUUUAUCUCCAUAAUCCGCCAGAUGAUAUAUGAAAGCUCGCAACCAAACAGCCGCGUUCCGCAAGUUCUUCUGGUUUGUUCAUUUAAAAACUCAGCUGAUCUUGCUAUGCUAGACCUCUUGCUUCCCAUCAAUGGCGUCCCUGCAGACCUUACAAAACUGCAGCUGAAAAUUGAAGCAUAUGUAACCAGAGAGAAAGAGAAAGAUCCUCUAAAGAUCCAGCUCCAAACCAAAUGGUUCAAACCAAACCCGAGCGACUCGGCCAUAACUGCAGCUUUAGGACCCAACAAUUGGCUAUGGCUGGGUGCAGUAAUCGCAUCUUCAUUUGUGAUGUUCCUGUUGUUAUUAGGCAUUAUUACUCGUUACUAUAUUUUCCCGAUGGUCGACAUGAACGCUGGUGAUGUGUACCAUUACUCGUUCUAUAUACUAUGGGAUCUGUUUUUGGGGUGUGUCUGCGUUUUUCUAGCUUCUAGUGCAGCUUUCUUGUGGUUCAAGAAAGAAAAUGUUAAGGAACAGAACCAAAUCCAAAAUCUGGAAAUCCCGUCGCCAACAGCUUCGCCUGGAUCAUGGUUUCACAGUGCCGAUAGAGAACUCGAAAGCCUACCACAUCAAUCCCUUGUCGAUGCUACUGAAGUGCAUUUUGGUGAAAGGCCUGAUCUCAAGAGAAUUCUAUUUGAGUGCAAAGCCUCAGACGUUGGAGUAUUAGCAUGUGGACCAAGGGCAAUGAGACAUGAGGUUGCCAAAAUAUGUUCAGCUGGUUUAGCUGAAAACUUGCACUUUGAGUCCAUAAGUUUUAACUGGUGAUGCCACACCCGAUAAUUGUUAUUAAUUAUAUAAAAGAAAGUGUUUAUAAGAAUCUAAAGGCAUCUAUACAUAUUCAGUUUGUAGAAUGAGUUUGUUUGUAAAUCUGUGGUGUGUCUCGUCUUGUAAAUAUCUCAUCCUAAAUUGCAAAAUCAAUAAAGUUGAAUGCUUAUAUU